UUUUUCCCUCUCUUUCGGACCGUCAACCCAACAACAAAACGGCCCAUCGGCCCAAUCGAUCUUUUCCAUUUGCCCACCACCAUCUGUGAUAAAACUCGACGCUAUUACGGGCCUUUAUGCAAGGCUGAAAGAAUCCACUUGGCCGAUUUCCCCGAGCUGUAUGUAAUAGAGAUACGACGCCGUCAGCAUCGCUCACCUUGAACUGCCUGCCAACAUCAUACUACACCGCAUCCACACCUACCUCGCCUGAUUCUCUCCCACCAUUCUUUCCGAGCGAGCCCUCGAGCGGUCAAAGCAGAAUCGAGUCAUAUCAUAAAACGACAGACCAUGUCUCCAUCAUCUGCAUCUGCGCCUGCAUCCGCAUCUGGCCCACACCCAUUGGCCCUCCCGCCCACGUUCUCUCCGGAUACUCUAGACGCCCUUUCCGAGCUCUCUCUCGUCCUCGCCCGCGUCCGCGCCGGUAUUCAGUCGUCGGCUGGAAUCACUACCGAGCCUGCACCGGGGACCACCGGUCACAACGCCUCUGGACCUACAUUGUCUUUCAAAGAUGUCCCUGGAGCCACUGAUGGCCUGAAACACAAGCUGCAGCGUGCUCGCGCGCAGGUCCGAGAGCUCCCGGACAUGGACCGAUCCAUCGCUGAACAGAACGAUGAGAUCCGUGACCUUGAAAAUCGCAUCGAGAAACAACGAGCAUUACUCCAACGACUAAGAGACGAAGCCACUGGAAGGGAUCGGAAAGAGGAAGUCAGCGCUGGUGACAAGAUGGAGUCAUGAUACAUGUCCAAUAUUUGUUAUGAUGAGUCACCUAUGAUUCUUGGGAUUAGACUAUUUCUUUUUAGCGAGGUUGUCAUCUUGAUUUAUCAGCAGGGUGUUUGGAGUUUCGCGUUAAAUAAAAAGAUUUACAUUUGCGCGUUGCGUUCUACAUAAUCUGCGGAUAUGAAGCCUACGGCUGGGUAUGAAUGCCAUCCUUUAACUAUUCAUCAUGGUCAUCACCUCCGUGGAAUACCCAGCUUUUUUAAGGACUCCUCCACGCUGACACCAGGUUGGCCAGGGACGACAAAUCUCCAAAGGUCAUCACUGAGCCUCUCGUUUUCGGACAGAGUGGUCCAAUUAGGACUGUGACCAGCCUUGAGCCACUUAAAGUCAUCGACCUGAUCCCACUGGUUUUCUUCAGGCUCCUCAGCGUCCGUCAUCUAUGCACCUGUUAGUCUGGCUAUUCGAAUAUUGAAGAUUAUAUCUUACAUAGGCCUUGGGCAGCGGUGAAAAUCGCAUGCCAGAGCAGUCCUCAAUAAUAGGAUGACUGCCACAAUGCAAGUAGAUGUCAACGUUACUGCACUCAUGAAUCCGCACUUGCCUGGCCACAACAACUAUCGUGCUGUCAGACACUCCUGUGAUAUGGACUGCGCCGUUGACGCGACCCGCGACGAUGAGGCUCUUGGACACGUUCUUAAUAGCGAGGCCAGGGAAAGCUGAGCCCGAGGAUGUCGGAAUAGACAUAUCGAUGAUACAAUUCUUGAGAUCAGUGAGGCUGCCCGAAGAGGUGGCACGGGACGCCGAAGACGGUAGAAUAAUAUGUAGCCCUGAAUGAUUCGAAAUGCUAAUAUUCUUGGCUGCCGAGAAGCUGGGCUUACGAAGGGAAGAUGCGCUGGGUCGAGCCAUCUCUUCGUUAUAAUUUUUGUACGUAUCCUUGGACGGUAAUUCGCUGAGAGUGUCUUCCUUUCUCACCGAAGGAGGACUGGCGAUGGUAGAUGCAAUGGCCGUGUCAUGCUUGGCCCGAGAAUGACUUCCAGGGCUAAGUCGAGGGUCGUUCUCAGGAGCGCCCAUAUCAACGUGGUCGGUCUUACGACGAAACUGAAACUUCGACUUUGGUGUGAUUUUGGUGAGUGUCUCGUUCAGUUUGUCCUGGAGAGUCUUAAUGGUCUAUCGAGCAUGUGAAGGUCAGUCGAAGCUGCGAGUCAAAGAUGCCAGCUGUGUUACCUCAGAAUACUGUUUUCUAUCAUAAGAAGGUGUGUAGUCGGCAGCAUCUGACACUUCGUUUUGUAGCUUGGCGAUACUGGCUAGAAUGUGAUCAAUGGCCUCCUGGCGCUCGCCACCGACACUAGCAAUGGAUGGUAGCUCAUCGAUCAGGUCUUGGAGUACUACGCAACAUGGAGGUUAGGCAGUGGAGAGCAUUUGAAGACCUAAACAUCCACUCUUACCUGUAACACUCUCCAGGAAAUGGUUAUAGAAACGUUGCUUAGGAUCCAUGGUGGCUGAUUGAAGAAUGACCUGAUGGGUGGCAGCCCAAGGGUCGUGUUGAUGGGUUGCUGUUUGAACCUGUGUUUCCAUUACGAACAGUGUUAAUACAAGUUGCUAGUUCGAGUUCCCUUCUAUAUGCCCUGCUUGGAAG